AUGGCAGGCCCGUUUGACGAUGUCAAGGCUCACCCUGACGCGCAAGUCCAACUCGAUUACGAAGGGGAACUCGUCGUCAUCAUCGGACGAGAUGCCAAAAAUGUCCCAGAAGAACAGGCUCUAGACUACGUGCUGGGAUACACGGCUGGAAACGACGUGUCCGCGAGGAAUUUCCAACUGCCAGAGGCUUCUGGUGGACAGUUCUGUUAUGCAAAAUCUUUCGACAGGUUCGCACCUGUUGGUCCAGCCAUUUGGUCAGCCGAGCGGGUGCCAGAUCCCCAAAAGCUGCACCUCAAGACGAUGGUCAACGGGGAGGUCGUGCAGGAAACCGACACAAGUGAUAUGAUUUGGUCAGUUGCCCAGAUUAUCGCGCAUCUUUCGCGAGGAACAACAUUACGGAAGGGAACGGUAAUUAUGACGGGCACACCCUCUGGGGUCGGAUACUUUCGAGACGCGUUUCUCAAGGACGGUGACGUGGUAGAAGUAGAGAUCACAGGACUGGGGAAAAUUGCGAACCGGAUGGUCUUUUGA